GUUCAAGUAUGUCACUUUCCAACCCUACUUCCAUCCCACAGGGUUUAUUCGAAUAAAUUCUUGUUGUUGCGUGUCGGUUUCAGUCCUGAUGUGCUGGAUUUCGGUGCUAGGUAGUGGUUGCACAUUAUUUCUAUUUUUCACAGACCAAUUUCCAAGCCUACACGCGUCGAAGUCGUUUUACGCAACCUUGAUGAUGACCAGUCGUUUGAAAUCGUCGCUGCGUUCGGUAACACGGAAGAGUUUCUCUGGUCUAGGUUCAAUCAAACUGUAUGGUCUGGUAAAUCGUACCAAUUUGAUUUUAGGUUCUUGCACCUGCUUCUUCUACCUCUUUCAAUGUCACGUUCUUGCCGCAAAGAGCGGGGGCGAGUGAAGCAACUAUCUAUAUUGCCACAUCUCGUGGGUUGUUACGAUACCAGGUUUUCGGUUAUGGGUAUCCCAACCCAAAUGAACUGUUUCAUACAGUUCAUGUGGAGCCGUCCAACAACAACUAUGUUGCUGUCCUCAAUGUGUUCAACCCCUCGAUCGACCGCUUGAAAGUGGAAUAUCUUGCCUUGUGCAUAUCCCCCACGAACACCUUGGAAAUCUCGGAUUCUUGUAUCAGCCAACCAUUCGAAUCGUGUGCUCUGGGAAAAAGGUUUUUAUACCCGCAGCAGACAACCGAGCUUUUACGAAUAGAGAUGACCAAUAAUAAUUUUACCUCAAUGCGUGGCUUUCUCGUAUUGUCCACCUCUGUUACAUCUGCCUGCAUAAGCUCGCCUUCUGAUUGUACUGAUAUUCCAUGUCAUAUAGACAACGAAGUCCUGUGCGGCGGCGGCGAGAAUUCCGAAACAACCCAUUUGACCACUUCGGCGUUUCCAUUGCACACUAGAUAUACAUCUAAUAUCGAUCUGUUCGCGACAACCACUUUGUUAGAUUUUGGAACCCUAAUGAGUGAUUCCGAGCCCUCAGUUCUCACACUUGACGUGAUCAACCGCUCUCCAUUCCUUGUGAAAAUUACACAUGUAGCUGCAAAUGGCUCACAUCCGGCAAUAUCGAUUCGUAUUGCUAACCAGACUUUGCCCGGUCGAUCGUUGGAGCCCCGGACGGUUGCUGUAAUCUCAGUGUCCGUGCCACUUUUGCUCCCUUUUAUUCUACCAGUGAAGCAUAUUUCUAAAAGCGCCAUCCUAUCUGGCUUCAUCACCGCUUACACGGAGGACAAACUGACCUAUGUCAAAGUUCCUUACUUUGCUCGCCUCGUUUAUGGCGCUUUAUUAAUAAGAACAACCAACAGCAGUUCUUCGGCAGAACCGUCUACCGGUCUACAUCACAGCAUAUUUCUGCAAAACCUUGCUGAUAUUCCACUGUUAGUGCGUGGGAUUUCGCUGCCGCGUGCACUACACGAACAGAUCACGGUCCACAACCAAUCUUGCACGAGAGUCUUACAGCCUAACACAGAACAACUGUUGUUGAACAUGUCAGUUCGCAUCAUGCCGACCGCUCAGGUUGUCGGCUCCCUGACUGUGGUUACCAAUGUGUCCACGAUCAACUUACCGAUCAACGUUUUUUCAGGUCACAUUCACAUUCGCAUUCCGACUGCACGCCUGCUGUCGGAAGUUUUCGAUUUCGGUCAUGUGACCUUGGGACGUCGACGCACCACAACUAUCGUGCUUCACAACGGGAACCCUUUUGACAGUGAUUGCAUGCUGUCGUUGCCAUCUGCUGAAUCGGGUACUCCCACUUCUUCCUCCUGUAAUACGGCAUACAAUGACCGCAUACUUCUACUGGAUCGGAUUGCACCGAGACCCAAAGAAUACCCGUUCGCACUAGAUCUUUUUGAUUUCCCGUUUCCCACCCAACAGCAAUUCAUUCGUCAGUUCCGUUUUCAUACCGUCCUCGGUGAACUAACUAUGCUGCCUGACCCAGUGAUGGUCGAUGGCCUUUUCCCGGGCAAAAUCGCCCAGCGCAACAUAAUCAUUCAAAGCACCUAUGCGGAACUGACUACUUUGGACUAUCUUCGGCUGACAACCCAGUCGGGCAUCAACCCUGGCUCGUUGCGACUCUUUAAUCAGCAUGGUGAAUCGGUGACGGAGCGAGGACCAAAGCACAGUCCAAUAUCUUUGUCGGCCGAUAAGCCCACUUUGGUCGGAUCGGUCCUGUUCGAUCCAGCCUUGGAUUGUCAAGAUCUGUUGGAGGCUGUUAAUAGCCGCUCAAAACCACUUUCAGACCAUCUUGACAUGGAUAUUUGCUAUACUGGGUUCAACUUGAACUCAGAUUCAGGGCGGGAACUUCUUUCAACCAUGUCCCGUGACCGCACAAACUCAGACUGGCAACCUCGUUUCCAAAGUGGCCUAUUUUUGACCGCGCAAAUGUACACCAGACUAAGAAGUGCCUGGGUUCGCAAACAGACCAGUAUCGCCGCUCAACAUCAAUCAGACUCCAGUGAGAUCCACAUGUCAGAUGCGUUUGUCGGUUUCGGUGUAACCACGGAUUCCUCACCAUUCUGGGGUGACCUGGUCGUGUCCUACAUCUGGCCACGUAUCGUACCCUUGAAGAAGCCUUCUGCACGGCGCUCGACUAUCAACAACUGUAUUUUGAAAAGUUCCACUGGUCUUCGUUCGUCCGAUGAUGUUUAUCCGGUUUCGGACUUUGGUCAUCCUUUGCGUGCUCACUUCCCGACAACUGUAUGGACUGAGCCUGUGCACUGUGAUCUUGUGAUUGCCAACCCAUCCGACAAACCUUUGGUGAUUCAGCCCUUCCUGCUCGACGCAAUCUACACCGUUCCAAAGAAUUACUCUCAACGCUGUUUUUCAACCGAUCCUUUAGUGUUGUUUUUGCAAACGUUGGGCCUACCGGCUGCACAGGAGACCAUGUCCAAACUCUCUAGUCUAAUUGUCGGGUCAUUCAGCAUCAGGACUCUGGAUACGUCUCUGGCGCACAAUUAUUCUACUUUGGACCCGGAUAUUAUCGCGCCUGAUUGCUGUCCGAUUUUGCUUCUCCCGUCGAGGAUUGGUCAAGUCACUUUUCGACUAACGUUCACGCCUGACACCGAGACUCAACAGUCGCUUCACCAGGCAUACCCCUUUCCUGCGGCAUCCACCGCUGCCUCUCACAAUCUACUUUUCAUCCGCAAUAAUUUGACAGCACUCGAACCGAUUUGGUUGAACGCGUUACAGGGCAAGGCCACCUUAACACUGGGCCUAGUUCGAGCCAAACAAGAGGAUAAUGCGGUAGACAGCGAGGCAGAUGCGUCCUGGUCGGUCCCCGACAGUAACAAACUGAAUGCUUCCAGCAGCGUGAGGGUGUUACUCGAAGGUCGGUGGAAUCGAACAAAGUUCACCUAUUCAUACGCCGCACCCGAGUGGACUGAUUCAACCAACACAGCGAACGGGGACACGCCGACUCUUGUUUUCGAUUUCACCGAGCGCUUAUUCUGGCCAUUCUGCACUGAGGACAAAGAUCCACUAUUCGUCUACUCUGUUCCCGAGUCAGACUCAUUGCCGGAUCGGCCUGAUUUUCAUCCUCUCGGUGCCAUGCUCCAUUCUCUGGAACAACGAGGCGAAAUGCUUGCCGGUGUAUCCAUACGACGACUGGUGGUUCUGAUCAAUACGGGUGAUGUGCCUAUCAACCUGAACCUAGUGUCUAUCGGUCCGGAUGAUUCUGAGAUCUCCUCUAAGAGAUUCUUCGAACAGAUAUAUGCUAGACUGGAAUCAGGCCAGCUAACUUGCUCUCACGCUGGUUUCCGCGUGACACCUUGUAUCCUCCCUAAAGAUCAGAUCACUGACUACUAUCCGCUGGAAAAAGAAAGCAGAAGCGGUGAACACAGCAACCUAUCUACUCCUUACGUGCUUCAACCUGGUGCCCAUCUUUCACUGGAGUUGCGACAUAACCCGGAUUUCACACAUACAUCAUUCGCUGCUCAUCUGUGGAUCGCAGCCCAUCCACAGUCAUCCGGGCCUGUGGGAAAGGAACCUGAUUCACCGAAGUGGACCUUAUGCAGUAAUUUAUCGUCAAAUCGACCGCUUUCCGAUUGUGAUCAAUUUAACUCAACUCGACAAUCAUUCCUCCGGGUCACUGCUACGUUCCCUCGACCUUUUCUAUACACUUGCUUGAAUGCACUUCCUAGACCGUGGAUCGAAAACCUCAUGUGGACCCCGAUUCUCCUGCUCUUCUUGCUGAAUCUGGUUGCCGUCCUCCUGAUGGGCUUUAUAGAUGGUUCAAAGAUUUGUGCGAGCCACCUAAAGUGCCGACUGGAAAUCGAUCGUUUCAACUCGACACCUGAUCCUGUUCAUGUGUUUAGCUUUGACCGUCUGACCAAUGAUACAAGUUCUCCAUCUUCCGGUCCGAUCGACUCCAGCCCUAUCGAUAGCCCACAACCUAAGCGUGUCAGUGAAGCAAAUGACAGACAGCAGAGCGGAAAGAAGUGUUUGACAACGCAGUCUGCAGUACCACCUGUACAGUCGCACGACCCGGUCACUCCUGGUGUAUCGACGCCGUUUUGGCAAUUCACAGGUUCAUUAUCCCGGAUCAGCUACUCGACCGGUCGAAACUUGGUAGCCUUCAUUUUGUCUGCCAAGAGCUCUGUGCUCUUUUUAGUACAACAGAUCUCCUCUGUCGUCCUAUCAAAAACGAGAAUAUCUUCCGCUGUCACAGAAUUGUCUUCUGGUUCAAAAAAGUUGAAGAAGGUUGGGUCCGGUCCAGAUGCCCCCGCCUCCAGUUCAGCUACCCCGCAAAUUGACGAUACUGUCGGCGAGUCUGACGGAGACGGAGGGAAGAUUAGUCGCCACAGUGCUGCAAAGUCGCUUGCAGCCAAGUCCGCCGGCCCACGUUCAAUCCAAACCAAGCAGUUGAAUCCGGACGAGGUCAAGCCCAGUCGCUGUAGCCGGAGAAGUGAGGCCAGUCGCGGGAAUAUUACUUCGGAAUCUGUCAAACCUCUAAUUCGUAAGAAAAAAGCCCCCAAACCGGACCCAACUAAUCCCGUGGAUUCCAGGAGCUUUUAUCGGGACGGAGACUCGGACACUGGCAAUGACACAUCACCCAUCAGUAACUUGCGUGGGUCGGCCGCACAGGGACAGUCAGAUAAUCCUGACACUCCAAUGACCGAGGCACGAAUAGCAGCUGCUGUGCGAGCGACGAGGAAAUUGGCGGAGGAUUUAAAUUCCCAAGCCCGUAAGAAGUUCACACAAAACAAGCAGAAUACGCGUCCCAAGUUCAACGCAUGCACAUCUUCAGCAUCUUCCUCAUCCGGACCAGACCACGAUAAUUCCAAAGUUCCUCCGAUAAGCUUGCCACGGAACAGGUCCACCCGGGUUCCGAACAUGGCGAAAACAAAGCCGAAAAGUUUACGCACCAGUGGGAUCGCCCCCCACUUUGAACCAAUGAGUCUUUGUACCGUAACCGCUGUCUACCUCCCCCCUUCUCCCACGUUCUCAACCCUUCCUCCGUAUAGUGACCAACCGAACUCGAAUAUCUGCAGUCGGAAAGCCCAACUCCAUCCGGCAUCCCAAUACAGAUUUCGCUGCAUCGGUUAUCCACCAUCGCCUCACGUCAAUUUAUUCCGGCCUUCAUUGGAUGGAUUUCACUACAGAAUACUUUCACCAGAAUACGGUUUCUGUUGGCCAGUUCCUCAGGAUGCCAGCAUUCCGACACAUUCGCUUUCGGCCGCAAGGGACGGAAUGUCUUUCUCUCCACUCCACACGCCCUGGGAUGAAGCAGUCGCGGAUGUGCACAGUAUUUGGGAACACGAGACUUCCGAGUGGAUGGACGAUCCAGUCGCAGUACGCACCAGUCCCGACAAAGCUAUGGAUCAGCUUGCAGCAGACACGAAAGCUUUUGCAGAAUCGUUGCUGCAUUGCGUUCAGAAAGACUCACCGGAACAUUUCCCCUUAAUCGAGAACGGAUUGUUCAUCGCGGGGGAGAUCCCACCGGAAGAUGAUGCAACUUGCUGCACAUUGGCAAGUCGGCACGUACGUUUCUCUAAGUUGGACCCUUGGGCAAGAGACUUCCAUCCUGCAGCUCCGUGGUCUUCCACCACGGAAAAUGGAAUCCCCGUGAAAUCCACCGCCGACGUCGGAACCCUGACCAGCCCAGCAGAUACCGCGUCUUCGGACUCAGUGGCCCCAGGCUCAACAAAUGACUCGUGUGUGGCCAACUCGAAGGCGAUUUUACAACCCGUUCACACCACCAAUCUGUCCUCGUGUGGACUGAAUAGAGAAGAGGACACACUGACUCAAUCGGGACAUGAUGAUCUGUUCGGUUCUUCAAGUUAUUUCGACCAUUCACACUCUUGUUCAACUGGAUCUAAUGUUCCCCAUAACUUCUUCUACGAGUUGCCUCAAAUCACACAGGCCAGACGUCAAAUAAUGCUGGAACAUGAAGAUAGAACGCAAGUGAACGUUGCCAAAUGGUACAAUCUUUCGGGACUGAAAAGUCCUAGCAGUUAUCAAAAUGAAUCGGAAGAGUUGGGAUCUGUUUCAUCCCUUAUCACGACCAACGCUGUUAUUCCUAGCACAACCACCCUGCCUAGCGAAACGACAUCUGUGCAACAGCGGGGUCCUCGCAAUGAGUCCUCUGGUUCUGUUGGUGAUGUUUUCGAGGACUGUCAUACAUCAGCACCUCUGACCUCUCCUCCUCCACUCCGGUCAGAUGCACUCCGUCGGGUCGACGAUGGAUUGUGUGAUAGUUCAACGUUUCGCACAUGGGAGCCAUUAAAUGCCAUUCCAACAAAAGAACUUUUGCGUGAACUCAAUUUGGACGAAACAGACCAACUCUUAUCUUUCGGGCCGUCGUUUUCCUACCACGACUGGAAAACAUGGGAUCAGCCAGCUGAUAUCCAAUCAGCUCAGAAUCCUUGGACAGCAGAACCAGACGCAGGACCUCGUGUGUGAGCAGCCAACAACGCAGUUUAGCACAACACCCUGAGAAUCCUCUUCCCUACCUGUCAAACCCACGCCACCCCUACUUUUUAUUUCCCCACCUUUUACCCAACCACACUUCAGAUGAGAUAAAUUUGCUGCCUUAGUUAUUUUUCCAAGCUUUCGGACGGAAUCCGGCCGGGUCUAACUGUUAGACCCGGUCGCUGAUUCCGUCGCCCAGUCAGUUAUCCCAGAUGUGUGUAGUGGCGGAUCGUGUUUGUUCGUUUGUUCGAAAGUCAGAAAUAAAGUCUCAACCGA